AUGCCAGCUCCUACGAUAAAAAUUGCUGUUGUUGGUCCACUCGCUAGUGGUAAAAGUUCAUUUAUAAAUUUUGCUACUGAAACACGCGAGAGUUUUACAGAAACCUAUAUUCCAACAGUUCCUGUUCGUAUUAUUGAAUAUGAAGCACCAUCAACAACUCGAGGUAGAUCGGAAACUUGGAAUGUACAUAUUUUUGAUUGCAGUGGAGAUACUAAAUUUGAACAUACAUGGCCUGCAAUGAGUUAUAAACUAAAUGGAACAAUUUUUGUUUAUGAUCCCGACGAUAAAAAACAUGCUGAAGAACUUAAUCUUUGGUAUAAUAAUUUUGUUGAAAAACCAAAUCUAACUGAAAAAUGUUGUUUACUUGUUGCAUCGAGAAAAAAUCAAGAUGAAGAAGAUGGUAGAAGUGGUCAUGAAGCAAAAUUAUCUACUCUCUUUUCUGAUAUUCCUCGUAUUACAUUUAAUGGCAAAGCAGAUGAAAUCGAAACUAUUAAACAAACAUUUGUAGAUUUUUUGAAAAAAGUUAUUGUUGAAACAUCACGAGGACAAGAACAAGAUGAACGUUUUAAGUAG